CAAACAGUCCAGUCUGAGACUCAGCAGGUGAAAGGCAUCAUGGGACAGUCUUUCUCUUUUCAAGAGAGGGUGAUCAAGACUGCCAAUUUACUUUAUGGAGAACUUGAUAGUAUUGCAAAUGUGUACCCUGGUAAACGAGGCAAAAUCACCCUUGAGAAGAGAUUUGAAAACCGCCUCCACUUGAACAAUGUUACAAGAUACUUCACUCUGUCAGCCCUUCAGAUUGACGAUGCUGGGGUUUAUACUGUGGAGAAUACAGAUGAAGGGAAAAAAACAACAAAAUUUGAGCUCACUGUAUACAAUGUUGUUUCCAAACCUCAGGUGACAGAGUGUGACAGCAGCUCCUGUAGUGUGGUGUGUUCUGUGGACAAUGAAAAAGAGGUGACCUUGACCUUGUACAGGGGAGAGGAAAUACUAAACCAAACUCUCCAUUUGGAGGUAGAGGGAAAGAACUACAACUCCACCUACAGCUGUGUGGCUGCCAACCCUGUCAGCAUUGAGACAGUUCUUGUCCCAAAAUGUUGCAGUGAAGAUGGUCAUCCUAAUGAUGCUGACAGUAGCGAGAUGACUCUGGGUAUGGUUAUUAUUGCUGUAUUCUGCAUUCUGGUUGCCUCUGGGCUGGUUGGACUAGCAAUCUAUCUAAGGAAGAGUAGAAAUGAACACUCACAAGGCAGGUAUUUAUCUGUUACAGGUGUGAGCUCACUCCCCAAAGACAAAACAUCUUUAGCCUUGUUUUUUUUGUGUGUAUUUUUUUACAAUCAAUGGUAGUGUUUUGGAAAAGGUAGGAAAUG